AUGAAACUACCAUGUGUUCUCAUGAUCAGAGCACUGCUGGUUACUGGAUCGGGAACAUCCAUAGAGCGCCGGAAUCCCGGAUCUCCCAAGCCCUGGCCACCACUUGCCAUCCCGAACAAGUCUGAAAAAGGAGUUCUUCACUUGACGCUUGCAGGUCUGAAAAAGGAGGACCUGCUGCCCUUCAUGGUGGAUAUUGGCACUGCGCCGCCCAAUACCGAAGAAAUGCAGCCACCCGGAUUCACCCGGAACUCGGGGGGGGGGGUGUGCGGUAGCAGCCACCGCCAGUCACUUAAGUGUUUUCCACAGUUUCAGUUGCGAGUAUUCGCAAACCACACCUUCGAUUCAGGUGCUUGCCUCUACUGGACAUCAUCAAAGAGUUCGCCAGGCCGUACACGAAAUUUCCCGAUGCUCGGCUCAAUCAGUCUGCAUGUGCACUACAUGAAUGGGAGAGACAUUGUGUGUGAGCUUGUAUUGGGUUGCUACCAGUCGCUGGUAGCCAGGCCGAGUGUAUCGACAGUUUGUGUAUUCUGCACCACGCGUUGA